CGGUCCCCGAGCGGCCGGCGCGUUCUCGUCUCGCCCCGCAGCCCGCGAUCGUGCGCCCGGAGCAGGCAGCCCGGGGUGGGGGUGCAGCGGAGCCCCCAGCCCCGGGCCCCAGAGCAGAGUCCCAGCCCGACCCGCCGCCGGCCGGGUGGAUCCUUAACUAAAGGUUCAACAUGACAGCUGUGCACAAGCCUGCCCUCAGUCUCCAGGUGAGCACAGACCCCUGGGCUGUGCCCGGAUGUUGAUGUUUGUGGAGAGCCAUUGCUUGGUGCCCGGAUGUUGAUGUUUGUGGAGAGCCAUUGCUUGAGAGUCUACUGAUUUCCUUUACUGUGUGGGAAGUUUUUUGUUUUGGUUUUCUUUUUGCUGUUAACUGUUUUUUUAAUUUAUUUUCUGUUGUUGAGUCGGGCCUAGACCCACUCAGUUGCCAUGAUGGCCCAAUCUAAAGCCAAUGGCUCCCACUAUGCACUGACAGCCAUCGGCCUGGGGAUGCUGGUCCUUGGGGUCAUCAUGGCGAUGUGGAACCUGGUCCCUGGUUUCAGUGCCACAGACAAGCCGACGGCUCAGGGAAACAAGACAGAAGGAGGUAGCGGCAUCCUCAAAAGCAAGACUUUCUCAGUGGCUUACGUGCUGGUGGGGGCUGGAGUGAUGCUGUUGCUCCUGUCUAUCUGCCUGAGCAUCCGGGACAAGAGAAAGCUACGGCAGAGCGAGGAGCUGGCCCACAUCCAUCAGCAGGCUGGGGCUGGGCCUCCCACCCAGGAGGAAGACAGCCAGGAGGAGGAGGAAGUGGCCUCACGGUACUAUGUCCCCAGCUACAACGAAGUGGUGAACACCAGCUACUCGGAGGCCAGGGGGCAGGAGCAGAACCCAAGGCUGAGCAUCUCACUCCCCUCCUAUGAAUCGCUGACGGGGCUCGAUGAGAUGACACCCACAAGUGUCAGGGCUGAGGUAGAGACCAGCCCUGGCCACACCCCGGACAGGCAGAACUCCAAGUUGGCCAAACGCCUGAAACCACUCAAAGUUCGAAGGAUUAAAUCGGAAAAGCUUCACCUCAAAGACUUUAGGAUCAACCUUCCAGACAAAAAUGUUCCUCCUCCAUCCAUUGAGCCUUUAACACCUCCACCGCAGUAUGACGAGGUCCAGGGAAAGGCCCCUGAUGCCCGGCCACCUGACUGAACGACCCCUCUGGCCACAUCCCCGCCUGUCUCACCCUCCGCACCAACAGACUGCACUGAAGCAACUUCGGCCCCAGGUGAGGGUCCGAUGCACACUUAGCCAUUGGGAUUGGGGAUUUUGUGCACAGGAAGUGACUGGCCCGAUGCUUCACAGAGCCUCACAUAGCAGGUUCAUCAGAAGGACGCUUGUGAUUCCCUGGACUGCAUCAAGAGGUGUGGCCCAAGCGUCUUCCCCAUCUUCCUUCCCAACUCCAGAUCGUAGGCAACACACUCCUCUUCUAAGCUGGGACAGGAUCUUCAGCGACUGGUUUAGAUCCUGGUUGUUUGUUUUCCUUCCACCAUAGUUACUUUGUGUCUAAAAGGAGCCAAGUUUUGUGUCCGCUUCCAUCACCGGAGUUUUGAACUGGAGGAGAAAAUAGGAUUUAGCUUUGACCAAAAGGACAUGGGACUGUUCUGUGAACGCAACGGUGAUUGUGUGGGGUGGGCUCAGGGGAUGGCUCUCUAGGGGGCCCCCCAUGUGGUUUGUUCUUUGAGGGCCUUAGGCCUGAUCACCCUCAGCAUGUGAAACAUGAGGUUAUUGAAUUGGUACAACUCACCGGUCUCUUGUGUAUUGAAUGGCAAAAGAGGAAAACGUGUCCUGUGCCUUCUAAAAUGUCAUGCGGCUGAGCUUUUUAUAAUAAAGUAUUUUAUAUGUA